UUGUUCGGUUUCUGGUGUGUAUUCUGAUGGAACGAACUGUGAACGAUGUGGCUGAAAGUAGAGGCAGCAAGAGUUAUGUGUCCUUAACGAACAGUUAGAGGGGUUUUUUUGUAGUUUUACUUUAUCCAGAAAUUAAAAACGCAGUGUAUAUUAUCAUGGAGCGCUCCGAUUUCAAAUGUAGCAGGCAGUCCGUUGGCGUUUCGGACUACCUGGGACCUUCGACGAGCGAAAGUGAGCUUCCAGUCGGUGAUUCCAUGAUGCAGGCUCCGCUGAAACGCCAGGCGGUGAAGAGGCAUCACCACAAACACAACCUGAAACACCGAUACGAGUUUCUGGAGACUUUGGGCAAAGGAACCUACGGGAAAGUGAAGAAAGCUGUUGAAAGAUCUGGCAGAAUGGUGGCCAUCAAGUCAAUAAGGAAGGAGAAGAUCAAGGAUGAGCAGGACCUGAUACACAUCCGCAGGGAGAUCGAGAUCAUGUCCUCUCUCAAUCACCCGCACAUCAUCACUGUCUAUGAAGUGUUUGAGAACAAGCACAAAAUCGUGAUCGUCAUGGAGUACGCCAGCCGGGGCGACCUCUACGACUACAUCUGCGAGCGGCAGAAGCUGCCGGAACGCGAGGCGCGCCACUUCUUCCGCCAGAUCGUGUCCGCCGUGCACUACUGCCACCGGAACGGGAUUGUGCACAGGGACCUGAAGCUGGAGAACAUUCUCCUGGACGGAAACGGGAAUGUGAAGAUUGCUGAUUUCGGGCUGUCGAACCUGUACCGGGGCGACGCGUACUUGCAGACGUUCUGUGGCAGCCCGCUCUACGCCUCCCCCGAAAUCGUGAAUGGGCGGCCGUACAAGGGGCCCGAGGUGGACAGCUGGUCGCUGGGCGUGCUGCUCUACACCCUGGUGCACGGCGCCAUGCCCUUCGACGGGCAGGACUACAGGAACCUGAUCCGCCAGAUCAGCACCGGUGACUACCGCAAACCCAGCAAGCCCUCCGAUGCCUGUGGUCUGAUCCGCUGGAUGCUGAUGGUGAACCCGGAGCGUCGGGCCACGCUUGAGGAGAUCGCCAAACACUGGUGGUUGAACUGGGGCUACCAUCGCCCCCUGGUGGGCGACGGCGAGGGCGCGGCAGGCCGUCCCUCCACAAUGUCCCCGCAGGCAGGGGGGCUGGCCAGCAUCGCGGGCUGGCUGCGAAGAACCUCACGGCCCCUGCUGGAGAACGGCUCCAAGGUGCGCUGCCUGCUGCGGCCACAGGGGGGCGGCGACGUGGUCCGGCAGCGGUCCCUGCGGAGGUCGAGGAAGGAGAACAACGUAUCGCAGACCAUGCAGGACGGGGCCACGGCGCGCCCCUCCAAAGGCAUCCUGAAGAGGCGGGGCAGCCUGAAACAGAAGCCCCUCACCGAGCAGCAGCAGAGCGCCGAGCCCGAGGCCGCCAAACCCGCUGCGGGGCCGCCAGCCCCCUCGCCGCCCCCGUCGACAUCGAUCCCCCGCAAGGGCAUCCUGAAGAAGCCGACGGCGGAGCGGGAGUCGGGCUACUACUCGUCGUCCCCCGAGAGCAGCGACUCCGCGCAGACGCCCCAGGCGCCCAUGUCCCCCGCGAGCCCGCCCCGCCGCAAGGGCAUCCUGAAACAGCACGGCAAGUUCUCCUCCGGCUGCCCCCCGGAGUUCGGCUCCCUGGACCAGCUGGCGUCCGCCGCGGAGCGCGGGGGCCGGGCCCGGCCAAGCGGUGCCGUCAGCGAGGACAGCAUCCUCUCCUCCGAGUCCUUCGACAUGCUGGACCUGCCCGAGCGCUCCAGGCCGUCAGCAGCGAUGGCGGCGCCCGUCGCACGGGGCCCAGGCCGUACCAUGCGGGGCUGCGUUUCCGCAGACGACCUGCUGGGGCUCGGGGACGGGGAGGGGCCGGGGGAUCACCGGCCCAACCUUUGGGACAUGCGCUGCUACCAGUCCGGGGUGGCGGACAGCGCCUUCUCCCUCACCGACUGCGAGAAUGUGACCGAGGUCUACAAGAGGGCUGUGGACAUCUGCGGACACGCCAGUUAAGGGGACAGAACCCUGUCGCUUUUUCAAGGACACUGUGACUUUGGUGGCUAGAUGAAAUGACUCCUGUGCAGUUACAGGGAGCGGGGGGA